UUACAGUGUUGACAGCAAAGGGAAACACCAUCUACUCACUGUACGGGCUGCUUAACGAGUUUUUCGCUUUUGAUUCUCGGACAUCGAAACGACUAUCCUAAGCGGUCUGUUGCAACGAUAACUAUGCCGGCCUUGGAGGGUGAAACAGACGCACCGCCUGCUGCUUUAUGAGGAGGAAAGGAUGAACUGUUUGCCUCUCCUGCUUUAUCUCACAGUACUUAUCGAGUCCGUGCUCAGCUCCCUUCCUGCUCCAGUCAAUGUCAAUAUCAGCUCUGUCAACUUCCACCAUGUCCUGCAUUGGAAUCCUGGCCCUGGCACCCCAGCAGGAACACAUUACAUAAUCAACAAGAGGGUGAACGGAAAAAAUAAACAUCCAUCAUCCUCACUGAAGACAUCAUUGAAGUUGAGGCUUCCAAAAGUCGAUGAGGAGUAUGUCCUGACUGUCCAGGCGUCCUACAACCAGACCCUUUCUCAAGAAUCCCACAAAGUCAACUUCUGGCCUUUAACACAGACCAUAAUAGGUCCUCCAAAAAUCUCUCUGGCUGGAUGCGGCAACUGCAUCCAUGUCAACAUUUCACUCCCUGAAGCUGACCGGAGCUCAGGAAUCAAAGAUAUGAAGACAAUCUACCCCGGUUCUCAGUUCGAAGUCAUUUGGAUGAAAGGUAAAGGAACAAUGCCGCAGGGGUCCGCCAUCACAAAAACCAAGAAUUAUACUGUGAACCACCUACAGAUUGGCACGGAGUACUGUGUACAGGUGAACACAAAGAUUAAUGUCAACAGAAACACAAAGCCAUCCGCUUGGAAUUGCACCUUCACUAGCAUUGUGGAACCAAGCAGAGUUUUUGUAGGUGCAGUUGCUGCUCUCCUGAUUGUUAUUGGUGUCCUGAUGAGCUCCAUGUUCUCCCUCUACUACACUGGAUUCCUUUGUAAAAUGGCAACUCUGCCUAGAGUACUCAAUGAUUUUCUGAGCCAAGGCUACACCCUGACACCAGAGAGCACAAUCCCUGACAAUAUUUCCAUUGGCACAGAGACAGAUAAACCAGGGAAUCACCACAAUCCACAAGCUGCCACCAGGGACACUUACUCAGAUGAAGAGGAGGAAGGGGAAAAUGUCUAUAUGGACAGAGACGCAGAACUUUCCUCGGAGGAAAGUUCCUGCCAGGACUCUAUUGAUGUGUCAGGGAACAGCAAAGUGGCUGUGUCAUGGGGCUCCGGGAGUUCAACAGUGAAGGCAGAAGUAGGGCAGGACACAGAGUUUGAGGUUGAGGUCAGACAUGGGGGGCUCGAUCCAAACGAGGCCAAAGCUGGGGGAACAGAUGUUUCUUUAAUGCCCGAGGGACCAGUUACAGGUGAGGAGAAGGAGGAGGGUAAGGAGGAGGUGUGUUGGAACUUAGGCAAUAUCAAUCUGUUCUCAGUCACCCUCGCUGCACUGGCUGUAUGUGAGGAAGGGGAAGAGGGAGAAAAGCAGAACACGAGGGAAUCUCUCACAGACCUUUUGAAACUGUCCCAUCUGGAGCCUCUACUGCCCACAAACUCAAAACGGACUUUGAGCCACACAGACUCGCAAACCGAGUCAGAUGAUCAGACAACUGUGGCAUUAAUGCCACCUACACAAGAAGACUUUACUGCAAAUGGGUAUGAAGCCAGACGGAUGGACACUUCGUCUGGCUGUAAUGGUGAGACACAGCAUGAAGAAACACAGGAGGAGGAGGAGGAGGAGGAGGAGGAAUUUUCCGGAUAUAUGGGACAUAGAUGAUAUAUGUUGCUCUGACGUGUUGUUUUGUGAAUGAGUAUCAUUAAUUAAUACUUGUCUUGCAAGUACAUUCCUUCUUAAUUGAGUUUCUUAAUUGCUGUUGUUUCAGUGGUCUAUUUUCCUAUUCUAUCCCAUCUGCAGUCCUUAAAAUGACCAGUUUCUGACUUUUAAUGAGCAUCCUUGUAAACAUCCAAGUCAAAACUAUGAAACUUAUCUGAGAGGAACAAUACAUCACACAUAAUGAUAAAGAACAGCCCAAAAAGACAAACAUAAGGGUACCUCACAUUAGCCAGUGAAGUCCAAUUUAAUGAAUAUAAUGUUAUAGAAUUAUUGUGGGUUGUUUUUUUUUUACAGCAGGCAUUUUGACUAGUCAUAGUAGGAAAAGUGCAGUUGUUAUUAAUAACAUUAAUAAUGGCUCUGUUCUAUCCAAGUGUCCCAGUAAGCCAUGACAGUACAGGACUCUGCCUCCACUUUGGGCGCAAAGACAUUGUGGGAAUUUAAGCUAAUGACUGUCAUAUUUCUACACUACACACUUUGUGUUCACAUGCAAAUAGGGCCCAAAUUAUGUCAGUAUUCAUACCAAAAAACACUUGAUCUUUAAGUGUGAUGUUGAUGUACUCAACAUCACACUCACAGGUGGAAGAAUUCCAAAGUGGCAGUUUGUCUUUUAACAGUUGCUGCCCAUAUUGUAUAACAUCCUGUAAGUAGAAAAAAGUAUGUUCAUUUUUUUUUUUAUGCCAAUUACAUAAACGGUGAAACAAGGUUUGUAUCUAGUAUUUACUGUAUACAACCAGUAUGGGGUAUGGAAUUGGAACACAGCUAGUUGAAGGGCUUUUUCCAGCAGAUCAAGGUAA